AUGCCUGCCAUAGUGAACAUCAUGACUCUCGCCGGCCUGUGUUUGGCAGCUGCCGUCCUUUCGUACGUUCUGCGCACACCGCGACGCGGGCCCUUACCUCCCGGACCCCCGCGCAUUCCUCUCCUUGGCAGUGCACAUCAGUUGCCGCAAAACGACCAGCACCUUACAUUCACGAAGUGGGCUGCCCAGUAUGGGGAUGUCGUCUACGUCGAAAUCUUCACGCGGCCCACGAUCAUCCUCAGUUCUGUCAAGGCUGCGAUUGACCUUAUGGACAAGCGCGGGGCGAUAUACUCCGAUCGGCCGCGCUUUGUGUGGUUCCACGAACUGAUUGGAUGGACCUCCAACGCUGCGCUCUGCGGGUAUAACGAGACAUGGCGACGUAUGCGAAAAUGGUUCCAGCACGCAUUCAUCGCCAGGUCUGCCGUGGACAGCUACCAUCCGGUGCAGCGCCGCGAAGCACGCCGGUUGUUGCUGAACCUCCUACGACACCCGGACGACUUCGUGUAUCAGAUGAAAAGGUAUACCGGGGGUAUCAUCUUUGAGAUCGGCUAUGGACAUGAUAUCGCGUCGUUGGACGGUGGUAAGUUUGUGAAGCUGACGGAGGAUGGUAUCAAAGCUGCGCUUGUUGAGAGUAGUACUGGUGCUGCACUGGUGGAUUUCGUCCCAGUCUUGCGAUACCUCCCUGCAUGGCUGCCUGGAAUGGGCUUCAAGUACUCUGCUGCGAAGGCUCGGAAAGCCGUCGAGAACAUGGAGAGGAUACCAUACAAUAUUGUCAAGAACAAAAUCGUGGACGGUAUUGCCCGGCAUUCGUUCACCGCAGCCUUGAUAGAGGAUUGCUCGCGUAAAGGAGCCCUGACAGCAAGAGACGAAGACGAUAUCAAGGGUGCCUCAGGUACACUGUAUUUUGCGGGCACCGACUCGUCGUUGACAACCAUGAUUGUGUUCAUCCUCGUGAUGGUGCAGUAUCCCGGUGCCUUCAGGAAAGCCCAGGAAGAGAUGAUCCGCGUAGUCGGCGACGCAAGGCUCCCGGACUUUGACGACAGAGCAUCAUUGCCGUAUCUCGAGUGCGUGCUGUUGGAAGUAUAUAGAUGGUGCCCUGUAGCUCCCCUUUCUGUUCCCCAUCGGCUGACAGAAGAUGAUGCGUACCGAGGUUACUACCUCCCCAAGGGUUCAAUGGUAAUUUCAAACCUCUGGGCAAUGUGCCGAGAUCCUGAGGUAUAUCCAGAGCCGGAAGUCUUCAAGCCGGAGCGAUUCCUCGGUUCGAACUCGAGCGAGAAUCCCGACCUCGUAGAUCCCAGGAAAAUAGUGUUUGGCUUUGGCCGGAGGAUAUGCCCAGGGCGAUAUUUUGCUGACGAUAAUCUGUGGCUCGGGAUCGCGAGCAUUGUAGCGACCAUGGACAUAACCAAGGCGCGGAACGCGCGUGGCGAGGAGAUAACCCCAACACCGAAGUACAUCUCUGGUACUAUCAUGUGUCCUGAACCUUUUGUCUGCGACAUCCAUCCUCGAUCUGACCGGACCCGGCAACUGAUUCUCGACGGCAUCGCAGUGUUGGAUUAAAUAGAUGCUCCGGCUAUGCUACGCGACAAACACGGUCUCGUGAACUCGACUCGAUUAGAUUAGCAUGCAUGUAAUGUCUACAUAGGGCUCCGCCCUCAGUGACAAUAAAGGGACAAAACAAACAAACAAA